UCUCCCCGUCGUCAAAACAACAGACGUCUGGCCGACACAGCAUUUCUUGGACCAUUCUAACCAAACAAGCGAUUUAUCUAGCUAAUGUUGUCGCUGCUAACGUUAGCGUCAACAUCGAUGCAACGACGGUUGCAGGGGGUAGUUACCGUUUCGCGGUGUUUACUGUGAACGUGUUAAGCACGGCGAGGUUUUGAAAAAAUAAAGGAAACGGCUUCGGCUAGCUGCAACACUGACGUUAGCUAGCCUAGCAGGAGGUGGAUAUACGGAGGUGUGUAUGUUCACAAAGAAGGAAAAGGAUAGACCGACCAGGGUGGAGAAAAACAACCCGCUAGUUAUGGAGUAGCUAGCUAGUUUAGGUGUCGGCUCGACGGACAGAGAGAGAUAAUCCAACCCAGCUAGUUAUGGCCAUGUCUCUGAUCCAGGCAUGCCGCAGUUUGGCCCUAUCUACAUGGCUCUUGUCGUUUUGUUUCGUCCACCUCCUCUGUUUGGAUUUCACCGUCGCCGAGAGAGAAGAGUGGUACACAGCCUUCAUCAAUAUCACCUACAAAGACCCGGUCACCUCCAAGGUCCGGACGGAGAAGACUGAAUGCGGCCGAUAUGGGGAACACUCACUGAAACGCGACGCCAAAGGAGUCGUGGUGCUUCCGUCUCUCUCCCAGGACAGGCAAGCCUGUGAUCCGGAUACUCGGUUCGCGGUUCCGGUCCAAGGCAGUGCGUGGAUAGCCCUGAUAGCCAGUGGAAACUGCACCUUUAAAGACAAGAUUCGACAUGCGGCGAACCAAAACGCCACGGCCAUCGUCAUAUUCAACGUUGGAUCCAGCAACGUCAACGAUACAAUCACCAUGCCAUAUUCAGGUAUGGGUGACGUGGUCGCCAUCAUGAUCCCAGAACCUAAAGGUUGCGAGGUUGCUGCUCUGCUUGAGCAGAACGUCACGGUAACCAUGCACAUCACCAUAGGAACGCGUAACCUCCAGAAGUACGUGAGCAGGACCUCGGUGGUGUUCGUCUCCAUCUCCUUCAUCAUCCUGAUGAUCAUCUCUCUGGCCUGGCUAGUCUUCUACUACAUACAGAGGUUUAGAUACGCCAACGCACGAGACCGUAACCAGAGGCGUCUAGGAGAUGCAGCUAAGAAGGCCAUCAGUAAACUGCAGGUCAGGACCAUCAGGAAAGGAGACCGGGAGACAGAGACAGACUUUGAUAACUGUGCCGUGUGUAUCGAGGGCUACAAGCCAAAUGAUGUGGUCAGGAUACUACCCUGCAGACAUCUGUUCCAUAAGAACUGUGUGGACCCCUGGCUGCUGGACCACAGGACCUGCCCAAUGUGCAAGAUGAACAUCCUCAAAGCACUGGGCAUCGCUUUAAAUGCAGAAUGUCUGGACGACGUGCCAUUGGACUAUGAGAUGAUGGGUGUGGGUGGUGGUGGUGGUGGUGGGGGGGUCGGGGGGUCUGGGCCUAGAGGCUGUGGUGUCAGGAGGGUCCAGUGA